GGACGAGUGGGUUUCUUCUCUUCGACCCUCGUUCGACCACGACCACUGCAGUCCAGAUCAAUUUGACCACCGCAGUCUUGGUCUUGGAUCCUCCUCGAUAUCAAGUCUCUUCACACGGUGUUUCUUGAGACCAACAACACAAUACCAUCUCCCCCCUUCAGUGUGAUUCACAUCCACCUCCCACUCUGCCCAGCAUGGCGACCGCAGACGGUUCGCUUCACCUUACCCGUCCCCUGGGUCCUGUCGCCGUCGGCGCACAAAGCACCACUGCUCCUCUUCGAGUUGUCAUACAACCUCAAGCUCUCUUCUCCAUUCUCGACCACUGCUCCCGCCGCCCACUCGACCAACAACGGGUGAUUGGCACUCUACUGGGCACCCGCAGCGAUGCCGACGACUCGCAAGUGGUAGUCCAUUCGUCCUUUGCCGUCUCACACACCGAAACCACCGACCAGGUGGAAGUCGACAUGGAAUACCAAAAGGCCAUGCUCGCCCUCCACCUGCGCGCCAACCCCAAAGAAAUCCUCGUCGGCUGGUACGCCACCUCGUCUGAACUCAACACGUUUUCCGCCUUGAUCCAAAACCACUACAGCAGUCAAGGUGAAGGCACCUUCCCAUACCCAGCCGUUCACGUCACUGUCGCAGCCGUGCCUGGAAAAGACAUUGAAGUCCGAACCUAUAUUUCCUCUCCUGUGGGCGUCAACCCGGAAAGAGCCGCCGACUCAGCUGCAUUCGUCCCUGUGCCAUAUACGAUUGCGUACAGUGACGCAGACCGAGCGGGCCUCGACGCGGUGCGCAACAUUUCCGACACUGAGACCCGAAGCGGUGGAGUUCUGACGGAUAUUGAGAGCUUGGAAAAGUCACUGGAGGAUACGAUUGGAUUGUUGGACCGGGUGGCCAGAUACGUGGAGAACGUGAUUGAAGAGGAGGAAGAGCCUUCUACGGCCCUAGGCCAAUUCUUGCUCAACACCCUCGCAUUGGCACCCAAGGUUGAAGCCGCCGAGAUUGAAAAGGAUUUCAACAACCAUGUUCAGGACGUUUUGACUGUUUCAUACCUGGCCAACACCAUCCGCACACAAAUGGACCUGUCCAACAGAUUAGCAACUGCUCAAUUGACCAUCGGUGGUGGCGACUCAACCGCAGGUGCCGGCUCCAACGACAAAGAAGGCGGUGGGCGAGGAGAGAGGAGACAAAACAGACAAGGAGGUGGCCAGAACCGACAGAAUCGGGCAGAUAGCCUGACGGUUUCGAAUUUGUGAGCAGACAAAAGGGAUUCGCCGUUGGAGACGAUUCUCAUGUUUUCUCUCUAAAGCUAUGAUACAUGAUGCGAGGUUAUCUAUGAACAUGGUGCAUGCGUGAUGUGCCCGGUGCCUUUUUGGACUUGUCGUUCAAUUUCAAGGCCUGAUAGACACAGAAAAAGUCCGGCGUCUGGGGUCGUGAUACAGAAGAUCAAGGCACAGGCCUUGUGGGGGCAUAGCACCUGUUCUUGUUCAGGUGAUAUCCACACCAGGAUCGACCCAAUGCAUAGCAAGAGUUGAGUCGUGGUGGGUAUGACUGCUGAGGAUCUGGCAAGCUACCAUGUGUUUGCCGUUGGACAGCUCCGGCUGUCAUAGGUAGAAAGUGGGCUUGGAUGAGCCUUUUCAGACAAUCGAUAUUGAGAGAUGAUUU